AUGUCGAACCGACGACCACAUACCAACGAUCAUCAACGGGGGGAUGGGACGGUAACACGUAUACCGUAUAUGACCACUCCACGAGGGACACAACAGUGGCAACAGCGCACGCCACCGUCGAAUACAACAACAACAUGUGGCGGGUGCCAGGCACAAGCACCACCAGGGUUGAGGCACAUUCCUCGCUGUCAUAACUAUAGGGCAGCAACCCAGGACAACCGUGGCCGCACGUUAGAGACACAUCAACGUGGCCCGGGACCGCAUAGUGCAGUAACACCUUCCUCAACGAUAACACCAUCUGUUCCACCGGUACGAAGCGCGGGAGGCGACAACACGACGCAACCGCAAGUCCAUAGUCUCACAGACACGUCGGCGUGGGAAACCCCACCUACCGCCACGGAUCUACAUCUUGGAGCGCUGCUUUUUGGUGAUAUGGGGGAGAGUGAUCCGAUAGGAGACGAUAAGAUAUCCCCAGAAUGGUCUCCCAUAUCAGAUCAACCUUGA